AUGUGUACAUUAGUUUCUGUAAAGUAUUUGCUGUAUACGUUCGUUCUAUUGUGUGUCAUAGUUAUAACUCCCAGUAUUAGAGGCGAAGGUUGCAACGAAUUCGUAUGUGGUUCAGUAGUCUCCAAGUGUCUCUUGACACAAAGUUGUCAAUGUAAACUUUCUGAUUGCUACUGUUGCAAGGAUUGUCUUAAUUGUUUGGGGGAAUUGUAUACAGAGUGCUGCAGCUGUUUGGAUAUGUGUCCAAAACACAAUGACACUUUAAGUGCCAUGGCGCCAAAAUCACAAAUUGGUGAUUUCGAGGGAGUACCAGAACUUUUCGAUACCCUUACGGCUGAAGAGGAUGAAGAUCAAUGGUCGACUAUACGCUUUCCCAUGCGCAAUACUUUACAGCGUCACUAUAAUAUGGCCACCGGAUCAUUUGGUUUUGGCGAUGACAUUGAUGAGGAUGCCUUUGCCCACAAACAACAAUUAACCGAUACUGUCAAUUGUACGGUCAUCUAUUUGAAUACUUGUACCACUGGCAAAAAGUGUUCACAGUAUUGUGAGAGCAUGGGUUCAAAUAGUUAUCGUUGGUUUCAUGAUGGCUGUUGUGAAUGUGUUGGUGCCAAUUGCUACAAUUAUGGCAUCAAUGAAAGUCGUUGCACUUCAUGUCCUGAUGAUGAUGAGGAGGAGGACGAUGAAGAUUUAAAUGGUGAGAACAUGGACGAUGAUGCUGAUUAUGGAGAGAAUGAGGAGGAUAUGUCUUGGGAUUAUGGCGAAGAUGAAAUGAAUUAUAAUUAA